CCAAAACUCAGCGGACGGGUGGAUUCGCGGUAACGUCGUAAAAGUGAUCGUCUCCCUCUCAUUUCGCUUUAGCUACCGCAAUCGUCAUGAAGUGAAGGGGACACUUUGUCGAGGCCGAUAAUGUGGGAAUGAGAAACGAGCUUGUCACGAAAGACUUAACUUUGUGAUCGCGAAAUGUUUCUUUAUGCAACGAGAGAGAAAGAAGUACGGAAAUGUAAUGAGAAAUCUUUUUAGGAAAUUUUAAACUUACACCUCGACUGCGAACGCGAAGAAAUUGUUUUAUUACAAUUAUUAUUUUCCAACCAUAAUUUUCCAACGUUAUCGAGGAAAGUGCGAUAACGAUAUUGCUGAAACAGCCUUCCUCGAUUAGAUUCGUGCUACUUCGGGUGCGUGUCACAUGAAUGAAAGAGGACAUGAAGAGUAACUCGAUCAACCUGAAGCCCAUGGUCACAGAACGCUUGUAACGCGGUAGAAAACUCGACUAUAAAAUUAAGGAUGUACACAUUAGAGAUAUUUCAGUGAAGCAAUUCCCGUCCAAUAAUAGGUAAUCCGAUGUAACAUAAAUUUAAGAUGAAAUAAUGGAGAGAGAGAGAGAUAACAACAACUAAAAUCUCCAAGUAUCUUAAAAACUAAUUUAAAAAACUCUCUUUAUUUGACUCUCGCGUGCUCAUUAAGGUUGAACACCUUUGCGCCAAGAAAGAUGAGGUCUUCAUUUUAGCUUCUUUGAAUGCGUCGCUCAAUUUUAUACACAUAGUAUUUAAUGAGAAAUUUCUCAAACAGGUCUUACAAGUAACAAGAAAUGUGCGCUGUGUUUCCUUUGUGCAACACAGAGUGCAAUAUAGUUUGAAUUGAUUAAAAAGCUCAUUUAGUCUAGAAAACGUCUUGAGAACAAGAAAAGAGAGGGGAGAGGGAGGAAAAGUGGGAAGGGAAAAGUGAUUCAAGGAACUUCGUAACAAGGAACGUUUUCCCGGUUUCAGCAAGAUACCCGUUUCCACAUCUCCCUCCAAUCCUGAAGGGAACAAAGUAUUGUUCGGUCUGAUUACGUAGUCGACGUAUACGGACGAGCGUCGCGUGUAAGAGGGUAACAAACGAUCUGGAAUGUAAAUUCACGAAAUAAGAACAUUCUCGGGAUACGCUGAUAGAAGGGACAUAGCGAGGCUCUAGGUUUUGGCACAGGGUUAGAUUGAAUGAGGGUAAGUUCUUUCUUCGCGUUAUUAUUAUGUGCGUGAACACCGUUCCCAACAACUAUUUUUCAGAAAACUACAUUCUACGGCAGACAUGAGAGAAAGCUCGCGAUAACAAUAUCCACGUAAGGACAGGUCUCCAUAGUUACAGCAUUACCUUUGACGAGAAUGUCUUAUUUCCAACGAAGCGACUUCUCUUUCCUUCCGACGUCGAAGUAAAGUACAAAGUCGAAGCGGGAUAUUAACAUUUUUAUAGAAUCAAUUUAAAUGUUUCGCGUGGCGUAAUCCGAUGCCAUAUGGCCUUCGGCAUGUAAUCUCGGGGAUUUGCCAGAUCGAUUGUUUGCAUAAUGACGGUACAGUACGACGACAAAAGGUUGUUCUCUACAGUGGCGGAAAUUGCGGGGGGGAAAUUAGAUAUUAAUACAUUAGUAAUUAAUAUUAUUGUGUAAUAUAAACGAUAUGUGUAAUAUAUCCCUAGGUGCGUCGUUGCACGCUCAUGGUAUAGGCGAGUAAAUAUUAAUAUCGUUGCAAGGCGAACUAUCCGGGCGGAAAUAUCAACGGUGGACAGUGUCAACAUUUUCCGGAUUCUGUAACGGAGUGAGGAGUUACGGAAUUAAUUAGCUUACGAGGCAUGUUAACGCUACGUGUUAGCCACCUCCUCCCCGUCUUGUUCAGCUACAUGUUUUCAAUGCCUUGGACGCGUACUCGAUAUUCAGGACUGUAGUUACCGAAGCGAUAAUAGUUACGCAAUACAGACCCGUUAAUCGAAAACAAUGACCGCAAUUGCGCGGUACACCAACGAGGUAAUAAGAACUGCAACAAGAUGAUAACUUGUUACCGUUGCUUUCCCGGGCAAGAGAGUUUGCGUAGUUAUUUCUUCUUAACUACUUUAAACGCGAGCAAAUAAGAUUUGUCGUCUCCAUCAUCGAGGAAUUUUUCUUCAUAAAACUUGAAGAGUUUUCUAAAGUCGGAAGUCGUAAUGGAAGCAAAAUGGGAAAUUAUAUGGAGAUGGGUCGAUACGAUUCGCGAUAUAAUAGGGAUUGAAACGCGCGUACGUCAUUAAUUAAUAAAAGAUAUUCACCGCAAGGGAUUAAAUAUUUAUUUAUAGCAUCCUGCUAUUAUUAUGAUUUACAUGGGGAUGAAAAUAAGUGUCGGUCAUCAGGGCGGGAGAGAGAGGGAGAGAGAAAGAGGUCCAGGCGAGUGCGGACCUCGUCGGAUUCGGCGGGAGGCACUCUCCCAAUCCACGGAGGGAUCGAUAUAGCGCACGUGGAGAGCUACGAGCUUGGAAACAAAAUAAAGCGCCUCGUGAUAGGAGGAGCAACAGUUUCCGGGCGAAACAUCGAUAAUACCUAGCUGCAGCAAAUCGUGGCACGCGUUGUCCAAAGCCGAUGCUUUUGUCCUCCGUAGCAUUUUGCUGCGAUUAAAUCAACUAAUGUAGACUAGGGUAUCUUGAUGAUCUGGAACAGAUGAGUCAUCCCUACUCCCUACGUUAUUCCCUGUCCCACGCACUCCUGCGUAAUAAUUUUACAUAAUUCAUCGGUCAUAUAAGGUAGAAUUCUGAUUGGCGCGAAUCUUACGUAAAAUUAUUAUCUAUAAUUAUCGCUAAAUUUAACGCGAAAUGGAAGUAAAGAAUAAAGAUAAAGAAACGGUGGUUUCUCGUUUUCCCGAAGGGAAUUAAAUCCGAUCCGUGCCAGUCAGCGUGAAUUCUUAAGGAUAGGAGAAAACGCAAAGGCGCGAUAUCCCUCUCCAAGUAUCAAAGUUACAGUAUCAACACGGAUUAUAUUACCGGGGAUCUAAAUUAUGAUACAAACCGUGGUACGCACCGUGGGAGAGAUCGUUCCGCCUCUGCCAGCCUGUCUCACCCGGUGCUUUUAUCUUUAACAUAACACGACCUUCGCUUAUCAACUUCGUCCACGAAACCUUUGAAGUUCGAAACGCGGAAUUUCCUCUAUGAACCCAAAGUUCAACCCCUCCUGCUCCCUCCCAUCCCGGCCUCUCUUUAAUUAAUUGCCUCUAGGGGGAUGACGACGACGCGAUAUGGAACGACCGAUAGAGUACCAGAGUUAUUUUUAAUCCAAUUAGCUCGCUGAUUUCUUCCUUCCGUCCUCACACAGAAGAGAUCAUUUCCGCGCGCGACGCGAAAAGGAUAUAAAGGUUAAUCCUCGAUCCUCUUAGCCACGGCCGUCAAAGCGACUGUCGGCGCUUUUCCCCUCGCUCUUUUUUCCCGUUUACCGUCGGAAAAUCUCAAAGUCCACGGUGACUCAUACACUGUAACUUGGUUUGCAACAUCGACAACCAUCUGCGAUGACGCACGAUGACAUGUCGUAACGUCGUCGGGGGUGCAAUCCGGGAACGCGUAAUACGCACGGUCGAGCAGGUGACAAGCUUGUCACUCGGUUCAGUGAUUGGUAGAUCGAUAGGACUCUUGAAUCGGUGGCUACCCGCCGUCGCCCCUGCCGUCUCUCUGAUGUCAGAGUAGACCUCCCCUCCCUCCUUCUCAAAGUCACCGGAGCGCGAUAAAUAAAGGACCGGCGAUAAGUGGUGGCGAAGUACGGAGGCUUCUAUUCACAGACCGGUGACCCUUUCGAGAGUUCGCCGAGGCGAAAGAAGACUUUCCGGCCGCGUGAAGACAAUACGCCCGGCUUAUCUUUGCUGCUUAUAUUCGCUUCUUCUCUCUCUCUCUCUCUCUCUUUUCUUUUUUUUUCUUUUUUCUCCUUUUUUUGCGAAGCCGCCACUGAUGCAGAUAGAUCACAUCCUUUGCGGCUUUGCGCGAAAAAGAGUGAUUCAAAGAUGUUUCUGAUUAGAAUUCGCGGACGUAACAUCGCCACGGAAAAUCGAUCCGUGCUGGUCGAGACGUAAGAGACGAGAAUGGACAUAAUAAUGGUACACCGACGGAUUCCAAAAUUUGAUUGACGCGGUUGUUCGUCCCGAUUUAAUCAAUUAUCACGCUGUAUUUGCUCAGCUUCCGUUCACAUAUUGCAGUGACGGAGCAACGCAAAGCAUAAGCAAAGAAUAAACCCGCAUUUGUGGUAACGUAUACCUCGCGGGAUUAAAGGUGACGAAUCGCGAUGAAGCGGAUACGGAUAUUUGUGUAUUUAUCAAUGUAUCAAGAGUGACAAGGUAGACACGGUGGAAAAUCGGUAACUGAAUCUAAUCCGAAAUUAAUAUAUGUCGGAUUCGGGGUUUACGAUAUCAAGAUAUAUAUCGCACGAUUACAGCCUCCAUUGAGCCGCGUUGAAUGAAAAAUUUCCCCUGUGACGUCCAUCGUGAAUAUCUUUCCACGGAAACGGCUUCGCGAAUUGAAUUUCGACCGAUUACCGGAGGAGAAAGCUUUGUGAAGCCGACGCUCGAUGAGAACACAGAGAGAUGGUUUGUCUCGCAAAAACCGAGAAAGCUUUUGAGAUAUUUUGCUGCGGACGACAACGACGACGACGACGACGACGACGACGACGACGAGGACGACGACGACGGGGGCCAACCAAGGCCGAAUCGACGACGCCCACGCCCACGUAUAAAAAUGCGAGAUAAUAAAAGGGGAAAAAAGUCAAAAGAAAAGAGAGAGGCGGUGAAACAACGGAGUUAAAUGCCGUUGCUACAUCGCCCACGUUCCAAACGUACAAUAAAAAUUUAUUCACGCGCCCUUCCGACCCGUGCCGUCCCUCGAUAAAUCCCCGACUUUUAAAGUGGCAAAGGGAUUUGAGUAUGAUUCAAAAUUGUUCCAGGUAACACAGCCCUUACGGCGACCGGGGACAGGUCCUUCAACGCGCGUGUAUGUACACAUUCCAUGGACGCGCGGAAAUUCGCGUAAAUCCGCGGUGAGCGCGGCCGCGCACGAACGAGAUUAAAUCCUCUCAUUUGUGAAGCUCGUUUCCAUAAUGCGUUAGAUCAAGGAAAUGUUAUUAAAUUAGUAAUUUCCCGCCGCAAAGCAUACUCCCACGAAACCCGAACUAAGUUUUCGUCAUUUUUUUUAUCUUUCCGAAUGUUUGAAUAUUCAAUUCGUCUUCUUCACUUAUUUUCAUCAAGAACACAAUUGACAGAAUAGAAUUCUCUCGUGAGGUCAAAUUCCGCGCGUCCUACAGUACAUUCUGUAAUAAAUUUCAGACUUUGUAAGGCUUGAUCGAUAAAAGAGAGAUACGCGAUAGUAGAAUCGUGAGAAAUUGGCCAUUGAAAUUGUUUCGCGACUGCGGCAGGUUGAAUUCUGGUAUGUGCGCGAAGUUGCGGUUUUUCGCACGUAAAGAAACUGACAUUGCGAAGGAAAGUGCCAUGAGAAGGAAAGGCAACUCUGCCGCAGACUCGAAUGUAAAGUUUUAAUUAAAUUCGUAAUUAAGCGUACGAAUACACACGUAGUUGAGGUGCGAUCUCGAAUUGUUAUGCGCCACGUCUCGACAUUCGAAAUUUGAGGUAUUUCCCGAAUCGCUUUUCAGUCGUUCCUCUCUCGGUGAUCUCAUAUUGUGAAGUUCAACAUAGAUCCGAUUUGUAAAAACCCUAGAGAAUUAGAGUCUCCGCUUACUUGCAGUCAAAUCUUUUACUCCCGGGUAUCUUCUUGCAAACGUUCUCCAAAUUUCUCCUCUCUUACUACUUCGUGAAGAAACGCAACAAAACCUACUCUUCAAAUAUCACAAUUAUUUCUUCUGGGAACAUACUCGUGACCUAUCUUGGUCUAUUUAUACAAAAAUCUCGCCGCAUGGAACGACAUCGUGCAAGUUGUUUUGAAAUAGAAAAUUUAAUGGAUGAACAAUAAAUAACAAUGUUGUUUAUUUGUCAAAUAUUGCGUCGCUGUUCUAAUAGAAUGCGAUACGUGUAGGGAAAAUCUGUCUCUCGCAGAGAAGCGAUUCAGCGAUUUUUGUUGACACGAAACGAUCUUGUUUGCGCGCGGAAGAAAGCCGACUGAUUCGUAAUUGGUAUUCGUAAUUGGUAAAUGACUCGAUUGCUAUAAGUAGACCGAUUGUGUUUUUUUUUUUUUGCAACAAAUCACUACACGAAUCAAUUAUUUCCAAUGUAUUCAUGAAACGACGGUAAUAACGCGAAUGUUACAUCAAAGAGAUAACAAAUUCGGUAUUGUAUAGAUAAAAAAAAACUCUACGGCUUUUUCGAAUUGUGCGUGAAAGGUAUAGGUAUUCAAUUACAAACUCGUUACAGAUAUUUCCAAUAUUUGUUUGAUGACGCGCUCAAAAGGGUAGUAACGCAAAUGGAAAUUAAUAAUGUUUAUAUGCUAUUGGCCGCUGCGGGCGCGGAGCGAGAGGAUAUUAGAUUUAAUGAAUGUAACUGGGCGUCGCGUCUCUCGGCGAAGCUAAGCGUCGCGGGGCGUAUGGAGAAAGAGUUCUAAAUUUUUGACAUCAUUAAUUUAAUAUCGCAAGGGGAUGACCAAAAGUGGUCGCGAUCGAUAAUGCUUAUCGCGGUUUCCAUGGAUACAUCAGUUACAAAAUCGAACUGUCCGACAUGUGCUUCGCGCAUGUAAUAGCGCACGUUUUGUAAACGUCUCCGCUGUAAUUGUAACGAUAAUAAAAAUUACAACGACAUAAAUACUCGUUGUUGAAGAUAGACCGAGCGAACAAACGUGUGAAUGGACACGAACGAACAAUUCACCGCCGCACAGCGUAUUGAAACAUCACAAUCAAUACACGUGACAUUUUUCUCAUGAUAGCAAUCCGACAUUCAUAUAUCUUCCACUUUAAGAAUUUUAAUUAAUUAAUUAAUAAGAAAGAAAGCAGUGAUAAAAAUAUAUUAAUCGAUUCAAAGAGCUUCGGUUCGAUUACUCUACAAUACUAUUUCUCUUUCUGGUUUAAACGGUCUCUUUAAAUAAUCGAAAAAUUAUAAUCUAAUUUUUCAGCUCGCGUCCAGUGAUUUUAUCCUUUCGAUCCACUGUGCGCCAUAUUGUUCAUUCGCGUUUGUUCAAUUCGCCGACUUUGCAGUUUAAAAGAUGCGUGAUUCGAGAUUCGUAACAGGAAUCGUCCCGCGUGCGCAAGAUAUCAGCGAACGCUCGAUCGAUCGCGGCGGACUGGCACGGUGAUGCGUAUCAUUCCACACGUACGCACUAUUUGCGUAUCCAUUAUCGGAAUAUUAUCGGGAACAAAGCCCACCAGAAUACGGGAAAACUCGUAACGCCGUGGGAUUUCAGUACAACAGCUGCUGCGCGGAAUCCUUUAGCAUCCUCGACGGAUGUACCGAGUCGCGUACGUACGUAGGUGAAUUUUGGCUCGACCAAAACGGAACUAGUCCAUCCGUUUUGCCGGAGCGAUAGUUCCGUCGAGAAGUUCAUUAUUGCUGGUCAAUUUCAACAAACGGGAUACCAUCGCGGACGUUAGCGCGGCCACUUAAUAGCAGCUAACGAUUUGCACUUCAAAGGCGUUUCUCGUUUGUCGUAACUCGCGACAAUUUAUCGGUGCCAUUAAGAGAGAUCGCCUGACAUCGGGACUGCGUUUCGAGCCAAUUUAGAGAACUGAAGAUAUUCUCGAGAACAAAGUAAAGAUCGAAUCGAGGCUGGUUCUUGCGCGGAGGAAAUGGGUCGAGAUCUCUCAUCGUGAGUGGCACCAACACGAAAGCGAGCGAGACGUUUGAUGCGAUGAGAUUCGCGUAUCCGAACAUCACCGAAAUAUACAAGAAUAUGAUAGUGCUAUGCAAACGAACGAGAUCCUCGAAAUUCCCAGGCCGGCACAAUUACGGGCUGUGGACGAUCGAACCGAGUAUCUUGAGCAUUAUCGGAUAUACUGUGGUCAUUCCCGUAGUUUCCGCACUCGGAAUAAUCGGAAAUGCCCUGAUCCUCAUGGUCCACUUGAAAGCGAAGACACAUUUGAAAGCAUCGACAUACACGUAUUUAGCAGUGCUCGCGAUCUCGGAUCUAAUUACUUGCAUCCUACUCGUCUUCUCCAGUCUGGCUCGAGGCAUUUUCCGUUGUCACAAAGGAUGGCUGGAAUUCGAUGUGUUCGUUCACUUUCCGAUCGGCUCCGUUACGUCAAACAUCACAGUCUGGGCCGCGUUAGGCGUGAGCGUUGAUAGACUAAUAAUAGUCUGCAGCAUGCCGCGUACCAAACCACCGAGGUUCUGCAGGCAGGAAGUAGCACGCAAACUGAUGAUCUUCGCCACUUGCUUUGCCAUUUUGAUUAACAUACCGUACUGCUUCAUGUACAGGUAUAAUGAACAUGGCGAUUUAGUGACGACCAACUUUUUUCACUCUCGGUGGUACAAUCUUCAAAAUUGGUUUCAAUUUAUAAUAUUCGGCUUGAUACCGGCUGUAUUUUUGCUCAUCGCGAACGUCAUUAUGUUAUGUUCCGUGAAGAGGGUCCUCAAGCAGAGAGAGAUGCUGCUGAAGCGCAAAAACAUACGCGAAGGGAAUAAGCUGCAGGAUCAAGCCCGUCUGACUAUCAUGUUGAUUGGCAUCGUAUUUCUGUUCAUCGUGGGCGAACUGCCAACUCAUUUGGCGUCACGUCGAAGCGCCGUGUCCUUGCUUUACAACGGUGAUCCUUCCAAAGUUCAUGAGAACUUCAUGGAAAGUUUCCGCAUGUGGGCGACUUUUCUUAAUGCGCUAUCAAGCUCGACAAAUUUCAUACUCUAUUAUCUGUUGAGCCCAUGCUUUUCGGUGCAUUUGAAACGCAUAUUACUUCCGGAGCAUAUUAUAAAGAGGAAAUGCGCUAAGAGAGAACCGAACGCUUACUUCCACCGACAACGAGGCGGCAGAGCGAAGUGUGAAAUAUUUGUAUUAUAGCAGUAUUGCAAAUAUAACAAUAAUUAGCAACCC